AAUCAGCUCAUUCAACAGUUGAAGUCCAUCAACACUGCGCCCCCUCCUCUAUUUGAGAAGACGUCGAAUAAGUUCGAUCCCCUCACGGGAGUUGGAAUUUCUUCUGCUCUUCAAGAAUGUAUUUCGAAGUUUUACGCUGGAGUCCAGAAUGCUCGGGAAUGUUGUGGAAGAUACGAGCAAGUGGAUUUGGACUCGCAGUCGGAACGAAUCAGAGAGUCAUUGGCGGCUGAAUUGUUUGAUGUCAUCGAAAGGUUGUCGAAUCUGCAUCCCAACACCAGCGGUAAUGUCUCGGUGGACGAGCUGUCAAGAACCAGACUAUGUCUCGCUCUUCUUCAUUGCGAUUCCGCAUCAUUUUGUCAGGCCAUGAACAAAGACGGGGAACGCAUUGCUGCUGCAAGUCGUCUCCUAAACGCUGCCGCAGAGGACUCAUUAAGGAUUGCAGUAGUAAGGGAAGUGUGCGCCGUCUGUGGAAAUUGUGAUUACAUUAUAGCCCUCGGGGAAAUUUUUACUAUGGGUGAUAAUUUCAUUUUUUACUUUAAAGUGAGAUUGUAUUUGAUCCCAGGAUAA